GCUUCCUCUCACAGCAGUACAAGGUGUGCCACAGGGUCCUGAGCUGCAGCACUCUCUGGUCUCAGACAUGGCUCGUCUGGCCCUACCCAUCUUUCUCCUUCUCAGCUUCUCCUUGCUCUGCUGCAGCCGUCCAUCUCGCACCAGGAAGGCUAUUUCCCCUCGACAGGCCGGAGGUGGAGAAGAUGAGGAUGUGAAGUCCCAGGUUGAGAGGUUGUGGCAGGAGGUGAAUGCACUUAAAGAGAUGCAGGCUUUACAGACAGUGUGCCUCCGGGGCAUCAAGACCCACAAAAAGUGUUAUCUUACAAUUGAGGAACCGAAGCAUUACCACGAUGCAAAUGAAGACUGCAUUGCUCAGGGAGGAACUCUUGCAACACCACGAGACCUGUUGGAAAACAAUGAACUGAGAGACUAUGCAAAGAGGAGUGCCCCGGGAUCCAGAGAUGUCUGGAUCGGUGUGGCAGACAUCGUGAAAGAGGGCCAGUAUGUUGAUGUCAACAGUCUACCAGUCAGCUACUUCAACUGGGAUCGCUCCAAGAAGCAGCCCACAGGAACGAAAAGGGAGAGCUGUGUUGCUCUUUCAGUGGUAGCACAAGGAAAGUGGUAUGAUGAUGUGUGCCGCAGUCUGAAGAAGUACAUCUGUGAAAUUGUCAUUCCCUGAAGAAAACAUUUGAGUUGCCAAUCAUUUGUUGAUCAUUUAAACAGGUUUAACUGUUUUAAACUUAACAAAAAUGGGCUAUCAGUUCAUGACAGAGACGUGAUGAAUAUAUGUCUUAUGUUCUACUAGUUGUUAAUGAACGAAUGAAGUAAUCAUUAAAUCGGGAUGUGAAAAUGUGCAGAUUCCUGGUGAUCAAAGAUAAAACAUCAUGUUCAUGUGGGUCCCAAAGCCGCAGACUAGACUGAAGAAUAGCAUAAAAAAAAGAUAUGUUCUGCAUUUAGUACACAAAAUAAACCAGAAUGAAAACUUG